AUGGUCCAUGAAAUUCUGGACCAUGAUAGCCCAAUACUUGCCGUCGCAACCUUCACUCACGAGAAGUACGCCGAUGGGAGCGAGGUGCCCGUCUGUCUCACGCAAGCGGACACGUUCUGGUCAGCGCUGUUCUUCAUCCUCAUAAUCGCGGUCUUCUUCAUAGUCCCGCUUGGAGUGCUGCUCAUCCUGUACAGCGUGAUAGCCAAGAACCUUAUGGAGAACCCUGUAAUAAUAGCGCAGCACAAUAAGAACUCAAACAACGGCGGCAACGUACUACGCUACAGGAAACAAGUCAUACUGAUGCUCGGCACCGUUGUCCUGUCGUUUUUUGUAUGCCUAUUGCCAUUCAAGGCCCUCACACUGUGGAUCAUUGUAUUCCCGCCAGAGACAAUAAUGUCCUUAGGUAUAGACGGUUACUACAUUCUUUUAUAUUUUUGUAGGGUUAUGCUGUAUUUGAAUUCGGCCAUCAAUCCCAUAUUGUAUAAUCUGAUGUCAUCGAAGUUUAGGGACGGCUUUGUGAAAUUGUUAAAGAUCAACAAACUCAUGAGGUGCGGUAGGAAUUUAAGGGAGAAUAUGCAGAGAAGGGAUACAUUCAAUACGACAACGUCUACUGGUUUUUCGAGCAGUCAGAACACGUCCGACUCGUUUUGGAGGAGAUACAGUAACAGGACAUCAUCGCAGAGGAACUUCCUGAACAGGAACAGUACCAAAGUCAAAGAUGUAAAAGAGAUAUUCGACACGAAAGUUCAGCAGGUCAAAGUCGGCGAAAUAAUUAACGUCGAGAACACUAGGCGAAAUAGCAUGAAAAUGAUAGCAGCUUUGAACGAACUGAACGAUAACUUGGGAGAGAUUAUCAAAUUCGAAGAUCAGAAACGCGAUAGUGUCAAGUUCAAACCAGUUAACGGUAUUGUUGAUAAAGUAAGAGUAGAAGUCCACGAGGAACAACCGAGUGAGAUGUCAAACGACGUCUCAGUUGCGAACGCUAUUGUUAACAAUAAACAAAUACAAAUAUUGAACCUAGAUGUUAAGACCAAUGUUCUGCAUUCUGUUACGUUAGACGUAAGGGAGACAGGAGAGGGGAAAAACAGGUUUGUAUGCGUGCCGUCUCAGGACAAAGAGAGUAAAAAUAUAUUUGUAUACGACUUUAAGAGUAAUGAGAGUUUUGUG